CUUUCCAUUUUUUAUGCCUUUUUUUGUUCCUUAUUAUUACAUACAUACAUACAUCUGAAUGAAUGGGUUUUCACUUUCAAGAACAAGUUUUUUUUAUGGGAAUUUAAUGUAUUAUUAUGAAAAAAAAAAUUAGACAUUGACAUGUUGCUUGGAAUUCUGCUAUGGUAUUAGUUAAGACAACAGUUGUUGACUUAUUUGACUGUUGUGUAGAGUCACCAUGUUGUAUUAGUUAAGACAACAGGGUGUUUGGAAGGAGUCUUGGAAUUAGUUGUUUGAGACGAAUAAGGAACAAGAGGAUGUCAAGUAGUGGGGAUACUCAUUGGUGUUAUAAUUGCAUGAGGUCAGUUCGACUGGGACGACAACAUGCGGUUUGUUCUAGUUGUGACGGUGGAUUUAUUCAAGAUCUCGAUGAUAUGGUCCAUGCUAGCUAUGGAGCGGACAGCAUUGAGGAACUAAUUCCCGAACACAGUCCAAGGUUUGGUGCUCCUUUGUUAAUCUAUGGUGGCCAAAUUCCACACAGGUUUUCUAGACAAGGUGGCAUUGAUGCUCUCUUUAGAGGGACUCCAGGAACUGGUGUGGCGAUAGGUAACUCGGUUAACUAUUUUACUGGUCCUGGAGUAGAAGAACUGUUUGAACAGAUUUCGGCUAAUGACCGACCAGGCCCUCCACCUGCAUCUCGGUCCUCUAUAGACGCAAUACCUAUUGUGAAGAUCGCGUCGAAGCAUCUUCGAUCAGAUCCACAUUGUCCAGUAUGCCAAGAUAAGUUUGAGCUUGGGUCUAAUGCAAGACGAAUGCCAUGUAAGCACAUGUUUCACUCAGAUUGUAUUAUACCGUGGUUGGUUCAGCAUAACACCUGCCCUGUUUGCCGUCAAGAAUUGCCGCAACAUAGUGGAAGAAGGAGCAACCCUUUUUCCUUUUUGUGGCCUUUCGGCUCUUGAUUUAAUUCUAAAAGUAAUGAUGGAGCAACCGGAAUGAUGAUGAUGAUGAUGAUUGCUAAUAGUGAAGCCGUAUGAGACCCAAGUCUAUCACUCUCUAUGCUGAUUAAAAAUAAAAGUUUGAACUGUUUUUUGUA